AUGCAGACGAGAAGCUCCGGUGGUGGCUCGGUGAAGAAGAGAAGCUUCGGUGCUGGCUUGGUGAAGAAGAUAAGCUACGGUUGUGGCUCGGUGAAGAAGAGAAACUACGGUUGUGGCUCGGUGAAGAAGAGAAGAUAUGAUUGUGGCUCAGUGAAGAAGAGAAGCUACAGCUCGAUGCAGAGUAGUAGCUCCGGUGGUGGCUCGGUGAAGAAGAGAAGCUCCAGUGGUGGCUCGAAGAGAAGCUCUGGUGGUGGCUCGUUGAAGAAGAGAAGCUAUGGUGGUGGCUCGUUGAAGAAGAUAAGCUACGGUGGUGGCUCGAUGCAGAGGAGUAGCUUCGGUGGUGCCUUAGUGAAGAAGAGAAGCUCCGGUGGUGGCUCGGUGACAAUCUACGGCAUGCAGUGGUAG